UUUAUGUUGUGAAUAAUGGAAAUGUUUUUGAUGUUACAGAUAUUAUCUUCUAUUUAUUUCUUUUUUAUGUUGCAUGUGGCCAAAAGAUACAUUCAGCUGUCGUUUAUUCAUUCUAUUAUUCUCUCUUUUACUGCAGACACUUUCACUUGUGAUUUUGAACCGGAUGGGAAAGUGAUGAUUAAGGGUAUUACAUCAACUGGCGAACAAACAGUUAAGAAGAAUAACAUGGAAUUUGUCAUGCUAUCACAAAAUUUAUGUCCACCUGGUGAAUUCUCCAUCUCAUUCCAGCUACCAGGGGCAAUUGAUCAUCAGCAAGUAAAAGCUGUUUUUGGAAUAGAUGGGGUUUUUGAAGGAGUUGUUAAGAAAAGACAACCAAGUAGUUUCUGAACUGGUUGAGUUUUCUCUGGUCCAAAACCUCAACUUGGUAUGUUGAAAAUAUGAAGAAACACACAUUCACCUUGCAUUUAUUUUUUCAUAUGACUUGCUAGUUGUCCUGCUUAAUUUCGUUU